AUGAUCACGUAUGAGAACUUCUUCCUGUAUCGCAUUCGAUUUCAAUCAUUCUGUGACUCUUUCUUUAAGCACCAUCUCUCUCUCUCUGUGAACUCACAUUCAUCCAACUCCCCAGCUAUGUCGACAUCAGAGAGCAAAUUGGACGUCGUGGACGAGAACAAAGUUGAAAUCGUGGAUAGAAGCCAGAAGGCUAAAGACGAAGAAAAAGUAGAAAAAGAAGAAGGUGGAUUCUUGGACAAGGUGAAAGAUUUCAUUCAUGACAUUGGUGAGAAAAUCGAAGAAACAAUCGGGUUUGGGAAGCCAACCGCUGACGUCUCUGCAAUCCACAUCCCCAAGAUCAACCUCGAGAGAGCAGACAUCGUUGUAGAUGUUCUUGUCAAGAACCCCAAUCCAGUCCCUAUCCCUCUCAUCGACAUCAACUACUUGGUCGAAAGCGACGGGAGGAAGCUUGUUUCUGGUUUGAUCCCUGAUGCAGGAACACUCAAGGCUCAUGGAGAAGAGACUGUGAAGAUACCAUUGACUUUGAUCUACGAUGACAUCAAGAGCACUUACAACGACAUUAACCCUGGGAUGAUCAUACCUUACAGGAUCAAAGUUGAUCUCAUCGUUGACGUUCCUGUCUUGGGAAGACUUACAUUGCCGAUGGAGAAGCGUGGAGAGAUUCCUAUCCCUAAGAAGCCUGAUGUUGACAUUGAGAAGAUUCAGUUCCAGAAGUUUUCUUUGGAAGAGACGGUGGCGAUUCUUCAUGUGAGGCUUGAGAACCUGAAUGAUUUCGACUUGGGGCUUAAUGACUUGGACUGUGAGGUUUGGUUGUCUGAUGUGAGUAUUGGGAAAGCAGAGAUCACUGACUCGAUCAAGCUUGACAAGAACGGAAGUGGGUUGGUUAAUGUUCCGAUUACGUUCAGGCCAAAGGACUUUGGCUCUGCGCUUUGGGAUAUGAUCCGUGGUAAAGGCACUGGAUACACUAUCAAAGGGAAUGUUGAUGUUGAUACGCCGUUUGGUGCUAUGAAGCUUCCUAUUAUCAAGGAAGGUGGUGAGACUCGUAUUAAGAAGGAUGAUGAUAAUGAUGAUGAUGAUGAAUGA